GCCACUGAAAUGGCCCGUCCGCGACCAAAGACGCAGGCGGCGGUGAUGCCACGGAAAGACGAGGAUGUGCUCGAGUACAUGAAGUCCAUGGCAGAGCCCAAGGACAAGCGCCAUCGCGCCAAGCCGAGCACACGAUCAGCGUCGCGGAAUGUGUCGACAAUCGCCAAGAGACAUCGAGACCUCCAAGCCGCCUUUGGCUUUGGCUGUAACGUCGAAGAACACAUCAAAUUCGGCAAGUGCCUCGACGGCCGAUGCAUGCAACGACUCGAGUGGGAAGUGGACAAGUUGUCUGUGGGGUCGCACCAUUUUCGCGACAAGGACUUGAGUUUGCACCAAGCGUGUGAAUUCGGCAACGAGUUUGCCGUCCACCACCUCGUUCAACUUGGCCCCGCAUUUAACGCCAAGAAUCAGCAUGGCCAGACGGCGCUGCAUGUGGCGUGCCGCGUCGGGCCCGUGGCUUUGGUUCGUCAUAUGUUGGCGGCCAACGCCGUCGCGACCCCGCGAUCGUAUCGAAUGGACAUGAACACUCAAGACAACAACGGCAACACGUGCCUGCACAUCGCGGCCAAAGCCAACCACUUGGACAUCACGCAAUGCCUGUUGGACGCGGGGUGUCCAUGGAACAUCACCAACAACGAGGGAAAGAUCGCGGCGGACGUGUGCGGACGCGACCAGCGCAUAUACCACGUGCUCAAGCAGCAUGCAAUGGCCCACGACCUCGGGGACGAGGUGCUCCUAGCUAGGAUAUGUACAGACUGUAUCUCGUCCAUACAUCCGUUAUUGCAAUAACGUUCCUCCACCCCC